AUGCUCAAGCCAAUCGGGAUCAAAGACAAAAUUCAAAGGAACUUGUUGAAGGAUCCCAAGUAUGAUGAUGAAAAAUCGGUGGCCAAUCCCCAUGAGGGAGAUAAGGCGAGCAUCCUGCAGGAGACGAGAGUUUUCUCCAGCUACCCCCUGAACACGCAAAAGUGCAUGCAAAUAUUAACUAAAAUUUUGUACCUUAUAAAUAAAGGGGAAGAAAAACUAACAUCACAAGAAUGCACAGACAUCUUCUUCAACAUCACCAAAUUGUUUCAAUCGAACAAUGAGAGGUUACGAAGGAUGAUUUAUUUGCUUAUAAAAAGUUUGCCAGUCAACGAGAAGGAAGUCUUCAUAGUAACCAGUUCGUUGACGAAGGAUAUGAAUUCUGCAAAUGAUUGCUACAGAGCUAAUGCCAUACGUGUGUUAAGCAAAAUAAUUGACAGCUCCAUGGCUACUCAAAUUGAGCGCUACUUGAAGACGGCUAUAGUGGACAAAAACUCCUUCGUCUCUUCUUCCUCCCUGCUCUGCGGAUUGAAUUUAUAUUUCAACGCAUCUUGCGAUAUUGUGAAGAAGUGGAUUCAUGAGGUGAGCGAAUGUAUUAACAGCAAAAACCCGAUGAUUCAGUUUCACGCCUUAACGUUGCUGUGUUCUAUUAAGUACCAGGAUAAGCUGGCCUUGGAAAAGAUCAUUUCGUCGUACAGCAAAAGUGCCAGCAAUUUGUCCGGGGCUCUGGCCAACUGCCUCCUGAUCAAAUAUGCCUCCUACUUGAUUUACUGCACCGAGGUGGACAGCGAGCUGGCCAACAUGAGCGGUGUGAUGAAUGCAAACAGUGCGAACGCUGCGAGCGGGGCGAAGCAGCUCUCCCCGGGGGGCACCUCCCCUCAGGGCUACCACCCCACGCAGGCGAACAGGUCUGCAGGCCGAUCGCACGACAUGUACAACAUACAGGACUAUGCAACGAACAAAGGGAACUUCAUCCACCCGACGACCAAAGUCUGCUUCGAUUACCUGAAGAACUGCCUCAAAAGUAAAGACCCCAUGAUUCUGUUUGAAUGCAUAAAAUGCAUAUUUCAGCUAGCCAUUUACGACAAAGCAGGGAGAAAUUCCACCACCGUAUUCAACGUAGAUAUACUCAACGAAUGUAUGAAGGUGUGCCAAAUAUUUUUACUCUCAUCUAAGGUGGUAGACAAGUUUAGCAUCAUCAGACAGAUUAAUAAUCUCUCCCAUCAUAGACCCCACGUUGCAUCAAAAAUUAACCAAGACAUUGAAAGCCUCCUAACGGAUAGCAACAAAAGUAUCUGCGUGUUGGCCUUCACGACGCUACUGAAAACGGGAAAUGAAGCCAACAUAGAUCGUCUGCUUAGUCAAAUUAAUAAUUACAUGACUGGAGAUAAUACCUUUUUUAAAAUUCAAAUUAUUGAAGAGGUGAAGAACUUAUGCUUUAUCUACCCUUCCAAGUGUAACCUCAUCUUGAGCUUCCUCUCAAACAAUUUGAGGGACGAAGAGUCGUAUCAAUUUAAGUCCAACACGAUUGAUGCCAUCAUUUUAAUUAUUAGCCAAAUUCCAAAUUCGGAAGAAGCAGCCAUUUUACAGCUCUGCGAAUUUAUUGAAGACUGCGAGUAUAACUCCCUCCUCCUUAGGGUGAUCCGAUUCCUCCUCGUGCACAUCCCCAAAACGGCCAACCCAUCUAAGUAUAUAAGAUACAUAUACAACAGAUUAAUUCUGGAAAAUUCUACCAUACGGGUUGAUGGGUUGUAUGCCCUUUUUCACAUCGCCUUAAAGUGCGAAUCCAAUUCGAAGGAUAUUUUGUUCCUCCUAAAUUGCCUCCUAGCCGAUAACGAUGACGAAGUGAGGGAUCGCUCCAACUUUCUGUGCCACAUUUUGAGGGAAAAGAUAAACAAAGGGGACCUUCUCCAGGGGGAGCACCCCUCUGAGGAUGUGCCCCUCAUCGAUGAACUCCUAACAAAUGAACCGCCCACCCAUUUGGAAAAUCUCCUCUACUUAAUUGAAAAACAUGUGGAAGAUAACCUGUUGGAGGAGUUUGACUACCAAAAUGCAAAGGAGGAAAUACAAAAAAUGGGAGACAGCACUUUCAAGGAGUUAGUAGCUCCCUCUUCUUCUUCCUCCCCCCACUUGAAGAGGAAAAACUCCACCGCAGACACGUAUGGUGGAUCCCUAAAUGGGGCGAAGCUACCUGAACAGAGCACAGAUUCUAUCGUAUCGGAAGAUGUGUCUCACUUUAUAGAGAAGCACCAAAUGGGCACGCUCAAAAUGGUGGGAAAAUCCGUACCACUCACGGAAAACGAAGCUGAGUAUACCGUGUUUGUAAAAAAAUAUAUUUACGAAAGACACAUCCUCCUACAGUUCACCAUUCAGAACACGUUAAGUGAGCAAAUUUUGGCCGACGUCAACAUGCAGAUAAAUUCUUUCGAUAAAAAAUGGACCGUUUUGGAAAAAACCACCAUCCCGAACUUGUUCUUUAAUGCCCCCCAAAAUUUGUACGUCCUUUUGGGGAGGAACAAUGCCCCCCCAUUGGGAGAGCCCAUGUUAGAGGCACCCCCCAGUGGAGACUACCAAGUCAACCAGCACUUCCAACUCUCCCUGCGAUUCCUCACCAAAGAAAACGAAAUGGACGAGGGAUUCCCAGACUCCUAUUCCAUUAACCCCCUGGGUGUACAAAUUACAGAUUUUAUCUGCCCAAGAAUUUUAAGAAAUGGCGAAUUCAAACACAUCUGGGACAGCAUGGAAAGCCUCAACUCAGAAGCCGUAAGCAAAUUUAGCCUAAAUUUUGAAAAUAUCCAGCUGGCUGUCGUUGGGUUGUUAAACACUUUAAACAUGAUGGCGUGCGACCAGACGGAUAGCGUAGAGGCCAACAGCAGCAGCCACAACAUGCUGCUCUCGGCUCGAUUCAUGAACGAGUCCCACGUGCUCUGCAAGGCGUCCCUCAUUCUGUCGCAGCAGUACGGCUGCCUGCUCAAGAUCGUGUGCCGCUCCCGCGAGAGGCCGCUCUCUGAGACGCUCCUCAAGUCGCUCGAGUAGGCGCGCGGGUAGGCAAACAGAUAGGUAGAUGGCAGAUAGGUAGGCAGAUGGAUAGACACAUACGUAGAUACGCACAUUCAUACACCCACGCAUGCAUGCCGGCCGACCAAGCGCUCCCCGCAGCGCAGCCCCCCCAUUUGUUUUUAAUUUUAAAUUUGUUCUAUUCAUCCUUCUAAAUGUGUGAAUGUUAUUAAUUUUUUCCCCUUUUUUGCAUUACGCGAACGUGGCGGAUCGCGAACUGGGAAGUUGCACCCAUGCGGUGCUAAACGGCUGAGGAGUCGCGCCACGGACUGUCGACACGACCGAAUGAUGACCACCCCUCCUAGUGAGUGCCAUCUGAGCAAAAUUUCAAGCGAUUUUCAAAAU